AUGAAGCAACACGACUUUGAAGCCGCGUUCGACUCUCCUGACCAAGGCCGUCUUCUCAAAGUGCUCCGCACCGAUGGAGUACCAGAAAAGUUCGUCUGCAUGCUUGAUGACAUGAAUCAACGAACUACUGUUGCAGUUCGAACACCAGCCGGAUGUACAACACCGUUUGAGUUGGCAACUGGAGUAAGACAAGGGGCAGUGGCAGGACCUUUCCUGUUCAAUUUCGCCAUCGACGACAUUAUGCGAGAACAGUCGACCAGUGGCGACAUCAUAUUAGCACCAUCAGGGUGCCCCUUGACUGAUCUCGAGUACGCCGACGAUGUUGUUAUAUUCGCGGAAAGCAGUACGAAACUUCAACAUGUUGUCAAAUUUGUAUCGAAGGUUGCUCUGGUUGCAGCCUAUGGACUACGUCUACGCCCUGAUAAAUGCAAGCAGAUGUGGAUCUCUUCGAGACCUCGAACAGGGAGCAGGGUGGACGAACAACCGAUAGAACUCGUCGAUGAGUCCUGUUACUUGGGCUCUACGCUGAAGAGCAACGACAGCUACUAG